AUGAGGGGAAGCAGAAGGAUUUGCUUUCUUCAAUCCGCCAAGGCUGUUAUUGGACUGGGACUUCCUAAGGUCACAGUCAGUGACUUGCGUCUGCUUGUCAUUGUGGGCUCUCUGCGGACUUACGACACUUUUAUGCGUGUAUUCAUUACGAGGAGUGUGUGGGGUUGUGAACAAAAUCGUUCAGAUGUAACAUCCUUUCGAUGCCUAACUGCUAUCCCACCGGAAGGAAACACGAGGGCCGGGAUACUGCCAGGUUACCCAAGCCUAUACAGGAGAAGUCGAGAGACAGAGGUCGGGUUUGAACCACGGAACUUCCGGUCAGUAAAUUCGCGCUCCAACCACUUGGGCCAUCUCGCCCAGGUACACGUCAUUGAAAUAAUGGCCCUGGCAAUAUUCAUUACGAGAAGUGUGUGGGGUUGUAAACAAAAUCGUUCAGAUGUAACAUCCUUUCGAUGCCUAACUGCUAUCCCACCGGAAGGAAACCCGAGGGCCGGGAUACUGCCAGGUUACCCAAGCCUAUACAGGAGAAGUCGAGAUACAGAGGUCAGAUUCGAAGCACGGACCUUCCGAUCAGUAAAUUCGCGCUCCGGCCACUGA